AUGGCUAGUGAGGAGAGUUUUGUGGUUUUGGUGCACCACAAAGGAUCUGUUAAUAGAAAAACUCGUUCCGGAGUAAAGUUCACAGAUAAGAAUCCUCUAUGUAUUGUCAUAACAUCUACGACGAGUUAUGAUGACCUUGUUAGCGCUGUACUAAUGAAGCUCGGGGCUGGAGGGUGCGAAGCGGGUAAAGAAGUUUUUCUAUCGCAUUCCAGUCACGGUGCUACAGAAUACGGUGAAUUUUCGGAGGUGAGGACACCGGAGUUGUUGGCACGGCUGGUUGAUGUUGUAUCCAGCUCCGGCGGUUCGAACAGGAAUACGAACACUAUAGCGAAUCCAGCAGGUUCUAGUUCCCGGCCUGCCGUUGCUUCCUCGUACGUCCCUGUGUACGAACCAGUGGUCCAACAUGUUGCCUCCCCAUCUUUCGCUGUUGACCUCAAUGGCACCGAUGGCGACGAGGUAGUGGAAAGGAAAAAUUUGCCGAACGCUUUAUUGGGAGUUGCACCUGUUGGCGUAGGCGACGGUUUUUUGGACGAUGAAGAGGAGGAUGACGUCGAGCCGGAUAUGAUUGACGAUGAUAGCGCUGAUGAUAUUGGAGCGACCGGGCCUGCAUUGGAGGUAGGUGGUUCUAGCUCUGGCACACAGCAGUAUCCACCACAUUUUUCCUCGUUGGACUUGGACGCCAUGAGACAUGAGGGGGUUUUAGGGCAUGCUGUUGGAUUCGGAGCUAGAGAUGCGGAAGGGACUACUGGUCUGACAGAGUUUCAGGUUGGUCAGCAAUUCCAGGAUAAAGAUGAGGCCCUUUUAAGUGUGAAGACUUACAGCAUCCGGCGAGGGGUACAGUACAAGGUGGUGGAGUCCGAUCACCGCCGCUAUGUGGGCAAGUGUUCCGAGUUGGGAAUGGGUGCACAUGGUUGA